CCUGACCAUCAUGUGCUACGACCGCUACGUGUCCAUCUGCAAACCCCUGCACUACGGGACCCUCCUGGGCAGCAGAGCUUGUGCCCACAUGGCAGCAGCUGCCUGGGCCAGUGCCUUUCUCAAUGCUCUCAUGCACACGGCCAAUACAUUUCCCCUGCCCCUGUGCCACGGCAAUGCCCUGGGCCAGUUCUUCUGUGAAAUUCCACACAUCCUCAAGCUCUCCUGCACUUUCUACAAACUCAGGGAACUUGGGCUCAUUGCAGUUAGUGCCUGUUUAGCAUUUGGUUGUUUUGUGUUCAUUGUUUUCUCCUAUGUGCAGAUCUUCAGGGCUGUGCUGAGGAUCCUCUCUGAGCAGGGACGGCACAAAGCCUUUUCCACCUGCCUCCCUCACCUGGCCGUGGUCUCUCUGUACAUCAGCACUGGCACAUUUGCUCACCUGAAGCCACCCUCCAUGUCCUCCUCAUCCUUGGAACUGGCCCUGUCAGUUCUGUACUUGGUAGUGCCUCCAGCCCUGAACUCCCUCAUCUACAGCCUGAGGAACCAGGAGCUCAAGGCUGCAGUAAGGCUCCUGUUGGCUUUGCCCCACUAUUCCCGUGCCCAGGCCAUGCUGGAUGUGCUCAGAGCUGGGCCUAAGCUUUCCCAUACAUUCCCUGUGCUGUGGGACCAGGUGACACUGACCUGCCAGGGCUUGGGGACCACCGGUGCCACCACCUGGUACAAGGACGGGCGGCGCUGGUGGCAGGAGAGACACGACUGCCUCAAUGUCACAGAGAGUGGCACCUAUGAGUGUGACAGACCUGGCAUUGGGCUCAGCCCCACUGUGACAGUCUUAGAUGGUGAGGGGGGAUCUUAA